AUGCUGACCUAUAUAUAUGUUCUCUUAUGGAUAUCUUUCACUUUUGCUGAAAAGGAAGUUUAUGUACGUAUUCACCAGAACUCGGAGUCAAGAAGAUGUCAGCUUCCAAAUGAAAUAGGUUUCACAUUGGACGAACAACAUCCCCGACCUCAUCAUCUUCUUCUAACCAGAAAUAAUGAUAUUAAUAUCAAUCUACCUGUUUAUUCUGUGAUUCAGGAAGAUGGUGUUCCACGAUAUAAAACCGAGUAUUAUAAACAUCAACAGUUAUUUCUUUUAGUCAAUUGUUCGUUUCUUUUUGCAGAAAAGGAAGUUUAUGUACGUAUUCACCAGAACUCGGAGUCAAGAAGAUGUCAGCUUCCAAAUGAAAUAGGUUUCACAUUGGACGAACAACAUCCCCGACCUCAUCAUCUUCUUCUAACCAGAAAUAAUGAUAUUAAUAUCAAUCUACCUGUUUAUUCUGUGAUUCAGGAAGAUGGUGUUCCACGAUAUAAAACCGAGUAUUAUAAACAUCAACAGGAUUCCGCCAUGUACCACGAUAUACAGAACGGUGCUUCAGUACUGAUCCGGUGUGUUAAUAGGAUCAAUGGAACAGACUGGUAUUGGCUGCUGGAUGGUCACGUGUACAUUGAUUCCACCAAUCAUAGACUAGAACCUGUUUUUGACAAUGGUGAUAUCAGACGUCACAGUGAAUCUUCAGAACAGCAUGUAUAUCGGUUAACACCAAUUGAAGAACACCAUUCUUGUCAUAUCAAACCAGACAAAACCAAGCCACUGUCACCCUUUUUACACUCCCCAAUAUCCAGACGUAAACGACAAACACCACCGCCUCUAAAAGUCGAUGUAGCUAUUUUUGUUGAUAAUCAAGCCUAUCGCACAUGGCUGACUAGACAAAACGACGAUGAUGCCAAAGCAGUAGAAGAUAUCCGAGUUUAUUUUACUCAUGUCAUAGCUGGGGUCAAUCUACGGUUCCAGAGCAUGAAACCAGAUUUAGAUAUAUCCAUCAUACCUUAUAGUAUUACCAUAUUUAAGACUGCUAUGCCGUGGACAGAUGAUAUAGCCUUGGUUAAAGACGGAACAAAACAAGUGGACGCUGAAAAAGUUCUAGAAGAAUUACAAAAAUGGUUACCAACCAAUUUUUCAGAUCCUUACGAUCAUGUUAUGGCAUUUACAGGGUAUGAUCUAUUCAGUUCUGGAAACGAACAGUACACGACUGGACUUGCCAACAUUGGUAAACUAUGUAAAACUGAUGGCUCCAGUACGUCGAUUGUUGAAGAUAGGGGAGGUUUCCAGAGUAUUGUAACAGCUUCUCAUGAAUUGGGGCAUGGAAUGGACGGUGUCCAUGAUGGAGAAAACAAUAACUGUGCAGCUGAAAGUCGAUAUAUCAUGUCACCACGAUCAGACUUUCAAGAAAAACCAACAAAUAUUCUAAAUCCCUGGAAAUUCUCAUCGUGUUCUGUCUCACAGUUUCAAACUUUCCUAACCAAAAUAUUAAACGACGGCUCUUUGUCCACAUGUUUACGAGAUUCGAUAGAGCCAAAAAAUAUCCCUGAUAUAUCUAGUAAAAUUGCUGGGCAGGUGUACGGUCCAGACGAACAAUGUCGCCACAUACAUGGUGCGGAUUCGUACGUAUGCAGGGGCAGCUCAUUCGGAAACGGAAGUGAAGUUUGUAGAAAGAUGUUUUGUUCUAAAGGAGCAAGCGGAAGCGGCACUGAUGACUGUAAUUGUGUGUAUGGGGAUCAGGAUAGUGUGAUAAAAGAUGGUAUAAGUUGUGCAGUUGUCAAAACAAACUUCAGUGGAUAUUGCUAUCCUGAACACCCAGGAAUCAGAGAAAGGUGUUGUGAGACUUGUGAACUUAUUAAAACUAACAACUUCGUUUGUGAAUAUGGAGACAAAGUAGAAAAUUGCAUAGUCGGAAAUUGUGGAAACAUAAACACUAAAGAUAAUAAAUUGUAUGAUAUUGAUUGCUGUGGGACGUGUGAAUAUACUGGUGAAGAAACGACGAACCCUGACAUAACUACGUCUCCGACUACAACUCCUGACGCGAUCACAUCACCAAGCUGUGCCGACGCGCCAUCUGUAAACAAUAAGACCUGUCCGGAAUUUAUUUCCGAGAAAGGAGAUAAACAGUGUUAUAAUCAGGAAACUGAAACUGCUUGCUGUCAAACCUGUACUUCAAAACGAAGAAAUAAUCCAAGCUGCCUGUACGGCGACCAGUCACCAGAUUGUGAUGUGGAUUUAUGCGGGGUUAGUGUACGAGGUGAGAUUCCAUAUGAUGAUAAAUGCUGUGAAACGUGUUCACAUACCACCGAAGCUGCGACACCUACCACAACGGAUGCACCUACGACUUCGGCAGCCCAAGAUCCUACUUCGUCUUCAGAAGCCAGUGCAACCUCAACAGCCCAAGAUCCCACUACUAGUUGUAAGGAUGGCAGUGGAUUAGGGGGCUUAUCCUGUCAAAAAUACCUUGAGCAAAAUGGAAAACGGAGAUGUUACGAUGAUUCUGUCAAGUCGGCUUGUUGUGAAACCUGCAGGACUUUAAUUGACACCAGUAUACCAGGUUGUCCAUAUGGUGAUAAAGACGAACUAUGUUCAGCCAGCAAUUUCAAUGGUUUAUCAAAAUGUAACGAAGACACAAUAAACAAAUGUUGUAAGAGCUGUAACGACCUUGUUAAACCGCAAGCACCUGCUGACUGUAUAGACGGCAGUGGUAUAGGAACAUUGAGUUGUCCUCAACACGUAGAUAAACACGGUAAACGCAGCUGUUAUGAGAGUGAUGUCAACAAGACCUGCUGCAAGACAUGUUACUCUCACAGCGACUUGAAAACGAUAGACUGCAUGUUUGGUGAUAGAACACCGGUCUGUAAAAAUAUCAAAGUAUCUGAAUACACUGCGUGUGGCGACUUCACCAAAACUCACUGUUGUUCGACUUGUCAGUUGAUUGAAGAGAUCCAACGGAAUCAAACUUCGGCAGUAUCUGGAGUUCAUCUCUCAAGUUUCAACCAAUGGACAGUGUCGUUUCUUAUCGUUUCAUUAUAUUAUCACGUGUAA